AUGCUGAGAAGUUAUGUUUCUUGGACUAUUAGAAUCAAAAGCCUCUCAAAAGAUUAUAUUAACCGGUGAAUGGCGCUAUCUAAACUUCUUAGUAAACGAGUCUUGGAGAAACAAAUACAUUUUUUCUGACAAAGCGUCUUGCGCUAAAAUAAAGUGCAUGCUCUAAAGAACUGAAGUGGUCAGAUUUCACAGUUAUUGAUGUUGGCCGGUCGCCCACAUUCCACGCUACAUCAGUAUUUCUGAAUAAUAUACUAGUCUUGACCUUUUCCGUCCUCGUGCACAUCUUUAUAUCCCAUUAACUGACCUCUUUCGCCUUUCUCAUCAUUUCUUUACAUUAUUACCGUAGCAAUUUACUUAAUACGCUCAUUUUGUAUGCGGUCAUAUUGUGCUAUGGGUCUCUCGCUGGCAAUUUUGUUUAUUAAUUCAGUCUGUUAAAGCCAUGUAUUUCCUGUAGAUUUUACCAGACAGUGAUACCAUUUGAUAGCAAACGACGAGAGAUUUGCGUUAAACGAUUUCUGGGACUUGAAUGUACAGCUUGUUCAGAUUACUUUUAGGAUAUAUAUUGGAAAUACGACAGACACGAAUUUUAGUGGUUAUUAGACGAGUUGAGUUUAACAAUGGCAGAUAUCCAAAUGAUGGAGGAAAAAUGGCGCAUUGUCUUCAAACUUAUUGAUAUUGAUAAAAACGGACUAGUAACCGUUAAGGACCGCGACGACUGCAAAAACAACUUUAGUAAUCUAUCGCCACAAGAUUGCGUUCAAUUGUCCGCACAUCUAGACCAGUUCUGGGACAACUUGAUCUUCCAUGGAGAGAGUCCAAAUUGGAGUCAAGAGAUCAACGAGGACGAGUUCGUUUCAAGGUUCAAGGACGUUUAUCUAAAGGACAAGGCAAUAGUACAGCAAAGAGUGGGUGACGCAUUGAACAAUUUACUUCAUGCUGCUGACUUGAACAAAGAUGGGGUAUUCACAUUUGAGAAGUUUUUCAAAUUUCAUGAGGCAUUUAAUUUAGGACAUGACGUCGUCGUACGAACCACCUUUGAUUUGGUCGGCCCUUCUUCUGAUGACACUUGCACUUUUGGAAUGGUAUACGAUUUCUAUGUAGAACUCUUCAUCGGUGAAGACAAAGAAAAGUUUGAAUCUUUGAAAAAUGCGUAUCGUGCAAUUGGCAUGCUAUAAAGGAAAACUAUGAAAUAUGAUGGAAAUUUGUAUAAAGUUACGGUUAUUGUUGCAAAGGUCUUUUAUAUUUGAACAUUUAUACAUGUAUUAACUUUAUUAUUUAAAGUGUGAUUUUGAGAAUAAAUUUUGUGUAAUACUCGCUUUAAAUAGUGUCAUUUUUUUUAAACAUUAUAUUCACGCGUUUGCGUGUGGUCAAGAAUGUUCCCUCAUUUUUGGUUGCUUUGGAUACAAAUUGGUCAGUUUUGUUUUUUCUUCUCAAAGAAACGAAUAACAGACCAUUAUACGCUAUAAAUGAUGAAGACUGUAUAAGAUCUAUAUUGUGAUCUGUCAUUAUCUCUUUAAUUCAUAAUUGAUGAGGCACGUUCACCAUUCCAGAGAUUGUAUUACAGUAUCUAUACUUGAAGUCGAAAAGACAAUGGUAAAAGUAAUUUACAAUUAUAUAUUAGAGAAUUUGCCUAAAGUAAUUUUCGAAUCCUACAAGGCCAAUUUAUAAUGUGGCGCAAUGAAGACGCAUGAAAUCACACUAGAGAAAAAUCAGUUUCUUUAAGAUAGUGCUCUGCCAUUCUUUUCUUUCCGCCGUCACUUCUAUGUCAGCAACAGGUAGUUAGUUCACCAGUAGUCCAAAAUGUUGACGUAACAGUUUAUUAAGCGGUAAUUUUCUCAAAGUAACGUCAUAUAUACGUGACAUAAGACAAGCAUGAAAAUAAUAAACAACAACAAUAACAACAACAAAU